AUGAAAGAGCAAGCGCCGUUGCAAUACGCAACUCGUCUCGCAGAUGAAGGGUACGCAGCUCUGAUUUUUGACCCGCGCACCGUUGGUGAAAGCACCGGUGAACCCCGACGACAAGAAAACCCGAAAAUGAAAAACGAGGACAUGGUUGCAGGACUCGACUAUAUAUCUGCACGUGGCGACGUCGAUCCAUCUCGGCUCUUCCUAGUCGGAAUCUGCCAGGGUGGCCCCGAAUCCUUGGAUGUAGCGUCCUAUGACGGCCGAGUUGUAGGUGUGACUUCGGUCUCUGGAUACUAUCGCGACCAUGAAACCGAUAUUUACAUGAUUUGCGCUGGCUGUGUUGCAUGGACACCUGGCGCUGACAUCGGGUCAAUGAAAAUGCCCACUCCAGAACAGGGAGAAGCCCUGUAUAAAGCGCGGCUUGAACGAGCUAAGGAGGCCCGUGACUUGUACAAAAAGACCGGAGAAGUGGUGUACCAGCCGCUGGUUGACCCGAAGGCCGCUGACCCCGAUACUGGGUCCCUAGCCGGCCUUCCGGGACCAGUCGUUUGGUCCUGGUAUGGGCCGUGGACACUGAAAGGAUUUGAAAACCGGUGCGCGGUGAUGAGCGACCUGGACCACUUUGACUAUACUACUGUGCCUGGCGUGGCCAAGCUGAACAAGCCGGCGUUGCUGAUACAUGGGGACAACUGCAUGAAUGCGGCGGCUGCGCAGCGUCACUUCGAUUCCAUUCCCACAACUCAGAAGAAGUUGAUCUGGGAUAAUGAGGUUUCCCACUUCCAGCACUACGACCAGCCGGAUUGCGUUUAUCGCAACAUGGGGGAAAUUACAGCCGUAUUUCCCACCUGGGUACUCCAUAGAAGUCCUAAGCAGCUGCGAUAA